CGCUCUCUCCACUUCCUGUCUCCGGGCCUGGCACUCUCUCCACUUCCUGUCUCCGGGCCUGGCACUCUCUCUAUUUCCCAACUCCAGGCCUGGCGCUCUCUCCACUUCCUGUCUCUGGGCCUGGCGCUCUCUCCACUUCCUGUCUCCGGGCCUGGCACUCUCUCUAUUUCCCAACUCCAAGCCUGGGGCUUUCUCCAUUUCCCAUUUCCGGGCCUGGCGCUCUCUCCACUUCCUGUCUCCGGGCCUGGCACUCUCUCUAUUUCCCAACUCCAGGCCUGGCGCUCUCUCCACUUCCUGUCUCUGGGCCUGGCGCUCUCUCCACUUCCUGUCUCUGGGCCUGGCGCUCUCUCCACUUCCUGUCUCUGGGCCUGGCGCUCUCUCCACUUCCUGUCUCUGGGCCUGGCGCUCUCUCCACUUCCUGUCUCUGGGCCUGGCACUCUCUCCACUUCCUGUCUCCGGGCCUGGCAUUCUCUCUAUUUCCCAACUCCAGGCCUGGCGCUCUCUCCAUUUCCCAUUUCCGGGCCUGGCGCUCUCUCCACUUCCUGUCUCUGGGCCUGGCGCUCUCUCCACUUCCUGUCUCCGGGCCUGGCAUUCUCUCUAUUUCCCAACUCCAGGCCUGGCGCUCUCUCCGCUUCCUGUCUCUGGGCCUGGUGCUCUCUCCACUUCCUGUCUCCGGGCCUGGCAUUCUCUCUAUUUCCCAACUCCAGGCCUGGCGCUCUCUCCAUUUCCCAUUUCCGGGCCUGGCGCUCUCUCCACUUCCUGUCUCCAGGUUCCUGCUCCCCCGAGCUUCCUCCAGAGCUCUCCAGUCUUCGCUGCUCUCCAUCUGCCAAAAUCCAAGCUCAUUAAGUCCCACUGGCAGGCCACAACUGAGGGCCCGGAAACCCACAGGGUGUAUCUUACUUCCCCCCAACAACCAUCAAUUAAUAUUAACGAGGGGUGGAGCCGUGCCUGGAGCAUGUCCAGAAGUAGGCCAACUGACCACAGGUCCCUGGGCACCGCCGUCCUUAGUGAGCUUCCCCGAGCUCCUCCCCAGGCCCCCUAAUGGUGUUUGGAGAACCCUGGGAGAGAAGCUCCUCCCUUCUGCCAACCUCCAGCUUUAAAGGGCCUCCCCCAGGCCCCGGAGUAUCCCCAAUGGCCAUUCAGAGGGUGACCAUCCAACUGGUAGAGGAUGAAGAUGGAGAAACCGUGCAGGGCCCCGUCUGCUUCCGGGGCCAGUGCUACCGCUCCAUCCAGGAGAGCUGCCUGCAGGCGGGGGCCCUUUUCCUGGACCCCUGCUUCCCGGCCGGACCCGCUGCCCUGGGUUACGACCAACUGGGGCCCAACUCCGAGAAGGCCAAGGGUGUGGAGUGGCUGAGACCCCACGAGUUUUGCCAGAAUCCCCAGUUCAUCUGUGAAGACAUGGAUCGGACUGAUGUGUGCCAGGGCCGCCUGGGUAACUGCUGGUUCCUAGCGGCCGCAGCCUCCCUCACCCUGUACCCGCGCCUCCUCCACCGGGUGGUACCCCCCCAACAGAGCUUCCAGUGGGGGUACGCAGGAAUUUUUCACUUCCAGCUGUGGCAGUUUGGGCGCUGGGUGGACGUGGUGGUGGACGACCGGCUGCCCGUUCGGGACGGGAAGCUGCUCUUUGUUCGGUCAGCCCAGAGAGCCGAGUUCUGGGCCCCGCUGCUGGAGAAGGCCUACGCCAAGCUCCACGGCUCCUACGAGGUGAUGCGCGGCGGCCACAUGAACGAGGCCUUCGUGGACUUCACGGGCGGGGUCGGGGAGGUCCUGUACCUGCAGCCGGACAUGACCGUUGUGUUCCCCGCUCUCCGGCACGCCCUGGCCAAGGAGUCCCUCGUGGGGGCCACUGCCCUGAGCGAUCGGGGCGAGAUCAGGACGGACGAUGGGCUGGUGAAAGGUCACGCGUACUCCGUCACAGGCACCCACAAGAUGUCCCUGGGGUUCACCAAAGUCAAGCUCCUACGACUUCGCAACCCAUGGGGCCAAGUGGAAUGGAGCGGGGCGUGGAGCGACAGCUGCCCCCGCUGGGCUGCUCUCCCAGAAGAAUGGCGAGAGACUCUGCUGGUGAAGAAGGAAGAUGGAGAAUUCUGGAUGGAACUGAAUGACUUUCUGAAGCACUUCAACACAGUCCAGAUCUGCUCCUUGAGCCCCGAGGUGCUGGGACCAAAGCCCAAGGGGGGCGGCUGGCACGUGCACACCUUCCAGGGCCGCUGGGUGCGCGGCUUCAACGCCGGCGGGGGCCAGCCGGGCAGCGAGACCUUCUGGACAAACCCCCAGUUCCAGCUGACCCUCCAGGACCCCGACGAAGAAGCGGAGGACGACGACGGCCGUCUGUGGGGGGGCAGGCACCCCAAGUGCACCGUGCUCCUCUCCCUGAUCCAGAGGAACCGGAGGCGGCUUCGAGCCCGGGGCGUCUCCUACCUCACCGUGGGCUUUCACGUUUUCAGGAUUCCAGAAGAGCUCCUGGACCUGCAGGACUCCCCCCGGCGCCGGGAGCUGCUGACCGGCCUUCUGCGGGCCGACCGGUCCCCGUUCAGCAUCCGCCGGGACGUGAGCCGCCGCUGCCGCCUGGCACCGGGGCACUACCUAGUGGUCCCCAGCACCGCCCACGCGGGAGAGGAGGCCGACUUCACGCUGCGCAUCUUCACAGAGCGCCAGCACGCAGCCAUGGAAAUGGACAACGCUGUCAGUGCCGACCUUCAGGUGCUCAAGAGCCCCUCGGCCCCCCUGGAGUUUGACCUAGAACAGCUGUUUGAAGAGCUGGCUGGACAGGAAGAAGAGAUCGGGGUGCACCAGCUGCAGACCCUACUCAGCAUAGCUCUGGAGCCUGCAGACUGGGCUGGCCCCUGGACUCACCCGCCUGGAGAGAUCGGGCUCCGGACCUGUGAACACCUGAUACGCUGUUUCGGACAAGGAGGGCCCUGUCUGACACUGUCAGAGUUCCAGCAGCUGUGGUAUCGACUCCAAGAAUGGCAGGCCACAUUCAACAAGUUUGAUGCUGACAAAUCUGGGACCAUGAACGCCCACGAGCUAAGGCUGGCACUCAAUUCGGCGGGCUUUCAGCUUAACAACCAGCUGACCCAGCUGCUCACCAGUCGAUACCGGGACAGUCGCCUGCGGGUUGACCUCGACCGCUUCGUGUCAUGCGUGGUCCAGCUCACCUGCCUCUUCCGUCACUGCAGCCAGCAUCUCAGUGAGGGGGAAGAGCUAAUCUACAUGACUAAGAGACAGUGGAUGGAGCUGGCUACUUUUUCCUAGAACCUUUUCUUCUUGGAAGGGGACAAAGUCCAGUGAGAGAGGCGCCAUGGCCUACUUCGACAGGGGAAACCCUAAAAGAAAGCUCCAGAUUCAAAGUUCCUCUGCAGGCAGGGCUGGGAGUGCAGGCUCUAACCAAGAGGGUUGCCCAUGACAAGCGUCCAGCCUUGGGGUUACCUAAGCUUUGGGAACUUUCUGAACCCCCCCCCCCCAAAUUCUACCUGUCCAGGAUGUAGUUGGUGAGCUGGCUCUAAUUAAUUUUCCUUCCCUUGCAAACCUCUAGGCAUCUGACCUUGAGUCUAAAACAUUAAAUAAAUAGAAAAGAGAGACAGAAGUAGAGUACAUCUUGGAAAUCGUUCUUAAAAAUAUUACACAUUUUAUUGUCCUGUUGAGGUUUUUCCAGAAAAAAAUUAAUGCGCUUGAACGCCAAAAAAAGAAAGAACAAAACCACAAACAGAGAAGCAGCCAGCCCAGCCUUUUUUUCCCAUAAGCCAGGCCCCUGGACCCUCCCGUCAGGGGGAAAUUCCCAAAGACUAGUCCCUGACAAAAGACAACGAAGAGGAAGAGGCAAAACAAUAAAGGGGUGAGGGAAGGGCAGAGGGGAA